AUGUUCAAGAAACCGUUCGCUGAUCUCAAAACAAUCGCUCCUCUUAGAACGUCCCACAGACGUAAACUGAAACAGCGUGUUCUUGAAUCCUACAAGGAGCUGCAGCCAGAUGAUGGUGAUGUUCUUGUCCCCGAAGGGCUGCACUGGCAGAAGUUCACUACUUACUCGGAAGAGCCAGGCGUAGCCUAUUUCUCCAUGGAAGGAGAUCCACUAUGGUUCACGAUCGGGAAGGAUUCGGACGAUCUCAUUCCAACAGUAUACACACUAUGGAAGCGUCCUAAUCUCCUCCCUUUUCUUUCCACAACGUCAGCCGUUGUCCCGAAGCUGAUCAACGGUGCCGAUCUCAUGAUUCCCGGAGUCGUCCAGUACCCAACAUCACUCGUUCCUGACCAGUUGGUCUCCAUUACGCAAUACCACACAGGAAAGCUCGGCUUUCCCAUCGCCGUCGGCCGCAUGGCAGUCUCAAUGGAGACGCUGCAAAGGGCAGAAGACGCGAAUGUCAAGGGCAAGGCGGUGUAUGUGCUGCACACAUGGCGCGACGCACUGUGGGAGACGGGCACUGAGAAGGCCGCAGACGUUCCCGAGCCAAGAAUGCUAGGAGAUGGCUCUGCAGCCACUGCAGAUGUGCUGGAGGGGACCCAAGGAGAAGCGGCGAACGCAAGUGAGCAGACUGUAGAGACACAAGGCGACGAACAAUCUACUGCGGGCGGUAGCUCCGGGCCGGCUGCCACUACGCAGAGUGCACAGGCGGUAUUGACUUCUGAGGAUGUCUCUCAUGCUCUCCGAUCCGCACUGCUACAAGCACUGUCCACGACCCUGCACAAGCUGCCAUUAUCUUCAUUCCCUAUGCCGGCCUCCACGUUCUGGAGCUCAUACGUGCUCCCCGCAAGGCCCACGCAGGUUGUCGGCGCGAACGGACUUGCAGAUGGAAGCGCCGUCGAUGUCAAGCACUCCACGCACAAGUCCGUGAAGGCAUUCUUAAAGGCAUGUGCGAAAGAAGGGCUGAUCAAGCUCAAAGACGCAAAAGGAGGUGAUGUCGUGGUAACUGCGGUGUUCCCGAAACAUCCAGCAGUAGCUGAGCAUCGUCCCGUACAAACGGUGAAGGAUGUAGAAACCAAGCAGCAGAAGGCCGCAGACAGGGAACGCCAGGAGCGCGAGGCUGAAGAGAAGCUGAAGGGUCAAAUUCGCAUCACAGAAUCUCUGAGGCCAUUUCAAAAUACCGUGGCAUGGUUCGCCGCUGCUGAGAAAGACACGUCGGAACUAUAUACGCUCAAUGAACUGAAGACUAUAUUCAACACCUAUGUGUCUGCGAAGAAUCUCAUCAAUGCGCAGGACCAGCAGUACAUCAACGUCGGGGAGGAUGACAUUCUGCUUACUGCGAUCAGGAAGAAGGGAGAGAUCGAUCUCGAGUUCCUCAAGCGCGAAGAAGUGCUCGCGCGGCUAAAGGACCACAUGCAGAGCUGGUAUGAGAUCAGGGUAGAGGGCAGGGACGUCGUGCGGAAGAAAGGCAAGCUCAAGCCAAUCCAGAUCGUCGUGAAGGUACGCCAGGGUCGGAAGGCCUGCACGCUGGUAACCGGGUUCGAGCCAUACUCUCUGGACGCAGACGACCUCGCGGAGGAGCUGCGCAGGGUCUGUGCCAGCUCUACCUCCGUGUCUUCCGUACAUGGCAAAUCAGUAGAUAUGGAAAUCAUGGUGCAAGGAAAGCAGACCAAGGCAGUCACGGAUCUUUUGAUGGCAAAAGGUGUUCCCAAGAAGUGGAUAGAAAGUGUGGAUAUGACUGCGGAGAAGAAGAAGAAGAAGUGAAAAUUCUAUGCGCCAACUAGGACAUCGAGCUUUUGUAGCACGAGCUAUAUAGGAACGGUUGAGACUGUUGACCGACACCCAGUGGCACGAUACAGCUUAUGACAGCGGAUAUGAGAAUCGACAUUGAGAACUCCCACAAGCAAAUUCGAGG